AUGGCAAUGGGUUCUUCAAGACUGCUUUUCUUUUUAGCUCUUAAACUUGUUCUCAGUGUCAGUAGCGCCCAGAUGUCUCCACUAUUUGAAAAUUGUUCAAGUGAUAGAGGUCGCUUCACCGCUAACAGUACCUACGAGGCAAACCUCAACAACCUGCUGUCUUCUUUCUCCUCUAUAGCUGCAAAUGAUUACGGCUUCUACAAUAUGUCUGUCGGCCAAAACUCCAACACAGUUAACGCGUUUGCCCUUUGUAGAGGAGAUAUUAGCCAAGAUGUUUGCCUUAGUUGCCUAAAGAAUGCUGCCACAGAGACAACAAAACGAUGUCCCAAAAGUAUGGAAGCAACUAUUAGGUAUGACUAUUGCGUGUUGCGCUACUCAAAUCGCUCCAUCUUGGGUGUCAUGGAAAGUAGCUAUUUUUACCCGAUACCGAACCCUAAUAAUGUAACGAAUCCGGUCAGUUUUAAUGAAUCGCUGAGUAAUUUGCUGUUUAAACUGAUACAAGAAGCCGCAUCAGGAGGUUCUCUACGCAAGUUUGCAGUAGGACAUGAUGAAGAUUCAAUUUUCCAACCAAUAUAUGCACUUGUGCAGUGCACUCCUGAUUUGUCCCUGCAAGAUUGUACCACUUGCUUGGAUAGAUCUUUUCAAGUGCUUCAACAAUGUUGUGCUGUAAAACAAGGAGGUAGGGUAUUUAUGACUAGCUGUAAUCUGCAGUUUGAGAUGGAACUUUUCUACAAUGCUUCGCUCGCUACACCACCACUCUCGCUAUCUCCUCCUCCUCUUCCUCCUCCCAACACAUCUCGAAUUGUCAUCGCUGUCGUUAUUCCAUCUGCCAGCGUCGUGAUACUUACCAUCUGCGUCUACCUUUUUUGAGAGCUAGAAAGAGGAAGGCAACUGUUGAAAGUAAGUGAAGAAAUUAUCAGUGCAGAGUCUUUGCAAUUUGAUUUUGGCACCAUUAGAACUGCAACAAAUAACUUUUCAGAUGAAAAUAAGCUUGGGCAAGGUGGCUUUGGUGCCGUUUACAAGGGUAGUCUUUCCUCUGGAGAAAAUAUAGCUGUAAAAAGGUUAGCCAGGGUAUCUGGACAAGGAGAUUUAGAAUUCAAGAACGAAGUCCUCUUGUUGGCCAAACUUCAACAUCGAAAUUUAGUCCGACUUCUUGGUUUCAGCCUGGAAAGAACUGAAAGACUUCUUGUCUAUGAGUUUUUACCUAAUGCAAGCCUCGACCGCUUCAUAUUUGAUCCGAGAAAGCGGCAACAAUUGAACUGGGAACAACGUUACAAAAUCAUAGGAGGAAUUGCUCGAGGACUUCUUUAUCUUCAUGAAGAUUCUCGACUUCGAAUAAUUCAUCGUGACCUUAAAGCAAGUAAUCUUUUGCUAGACGCGGAUAUGAAUCCAAAAAUUGCGGAUUUUGGCAUGGCAAAAUUGUUUUCGAUGGAUGAAACACAGGGCAAUACAAGUAGAAUUGUGGGAACCUAUGGUUAUAUGGCUCCAGAAUAUGUAAUACAUGGACAAUUUUCUGUGAAGUCUGACGUUUUUAGUUUUGGAGUACUGGUUUUGGAAAUAAUCACGGGUCGAAGAAAUAAUUGCUUCCUCGAUGCAGAGAACGAGGAAGACCUUUUAAGCUACGCAUGGAAAAAUUGGAGGGAAGGGUCAACGGUGAAUCUCAUAGAUCCAACUUUGAUGGUUUCUUCAAAAGCUGAAAUGACAAGAUGCAUCCACAUUGCUUUACUCUGUGUUCAAGAAAAAGUGGUGGACAGACCAACCAUGGCUUCGGUUGGCAUCAUGCUUAAUAGUAACUCACUUACACUUCCGGUGCCUUCACAGCCAGCAUUUUUCAUGCACAGCACCAUUCAAUCGGACCUCUCAAGUGUUACAGAUCAUUCCAAUGACGAAAUUUUGCCCUCAUCGAGAAAUGAGGUAUCAAUUACAGAGUUAUCUUGUCGUAUGACAAUGGUUAACCAUCAAGAGGGUUCCAGCAAGAUUGAAAAGGAAAGAAAAAGUAAAGUCUUUUAUGUAAAAGAAGAUGACAUUGUCAAAUCUUCUGGAGAACUUUGUUUUCUUCGACAAAGCUUUUUGGUUACUGUCCGUCUGUCUCGCUUGGACUUUGUUUAUGAUGCACGACGAAAUUUGAAGUGGAAUAUUUUCUCUUCCUAUCUUCAAAAUUUUAUCAAUUUAGAGAAUACUCUAGUCUAUUAUAAUAUUGCUGUUCUAGACAGAAACAGGCCUUACGCUAACUACUAUAACCUAUUAGUAGGGUCAUACGAUCAUGUCUAUGCUAAUUACUAUUACCCCUUCAUCACAUGCCAGUCACCAACAUUGGCUACAUAUAAUUAUCAUUAUUGUUCUGGUCCAGAUAAUGAUACAACCACUGCCAGUUAUAAUUCGAGCCUUGCAGCUCUUCUGGGUUCUAUAUCCUCUAAAGCUUCCGACCACAGCUUCUAUGAUGAUAGCUUAAAUGGAAUUUACAGUCUGUUCCUUUGCCGAGGUGAUGUUUCUAGCAAUAAUUGCCAGGUUUGUGUCAACAAUGCUACUCAAACACUCGAACAAAUGUGCCCGUCUGAUAAAGGAGCAAUCAUUUGGUAUGAUCAAUGCAUGUUACGCUAUUCGAACACCAACUUUUUUGGGCUGGUGCAGCUUCUUCCGGGAUUUUUAAUGUGGAAUACUGGCCAGAAUAAUAGUACUUCACCUGAUGAAGGAAAUAUUGGUACAAAAAGUUUGAUUUAUCCUCUAGUUGAUCAUGCUCCAUAUACGGAAAAUAUGUUUGAAACAAACGACAUGGUAGUGGGAAAUGGACCAGAACGUCGAUAUGGUCUCGUGCAGUGCAGCAGAGAUCUUGAUGUUAGUGCAUGUUCUACUUGUUUGAGAGGAUUAUUAAAUCAGUCAGAAGAUUGCUGCAUAGAGAAAAUGGGAUGGCGAAUUUCAACUCCAAGUUGCUUUAUGAGGUACGAAAGGUACCAGUUCUAUGAGCAACCAUUAGCUCCACCAGGACCACCACCGGAGAAUGGAGGUAAGGGAGGCAACAGCACAACGAAGAUCAUAAUAAUCACUGUAUCAUCAUUAGCAGGUGUUUUUGUAUCAGUUCUCGUGGGUUUCCUUUAUUAUUCAUCCUUAGUCAGGAAGAGAAGACAGAAAGGUAUUCAUCUAUCAGAUGAGGAUCACAGCGGAGAGAUGCAUCACUUCAAUUUAGCUACCAUGCAGGCUGCAACAAACAACUUCUCCACGGAAAAUAAGCUUGGAGAAGGUGGUUUUGGCCCUGUUUACAAGGGAAAAAUGCCCAAUGGGAAGGAAAUAGCAGUUAAAAGGCUUUCGAUGAGAUCAAGACAGGGUCUUGAAGAGUUCAAGAAUGAAGUGAAGUUAGUUAUUAAGCUUCAACAUAAAAAUCUUGUGAGGCUACUGGGAUAUUGCUUGGAGCAAGAUGAAAAGCUUCUUGUCUACGAAUACAUGGCUAACACAAGCUUGGAUGCCUUUCUGUUUGAUCCAGAAAAAUGCAAGCUACUGGACUGGGGAAAACGGUCAAACAUCGUUAUUGGAACUGCUAGGGGCCUCCAAUAUCUACAUGAGGAUUCUCGGCUUAAAAUAGUCCAUAGGGAUUUGAAGGCAAGCAAUGUUUUGUUAGAUGAUGAUAUGAACCCUAAGAUAUCAGACUUUGGCACCGCAAGAAUAUUUGGAGGCAAUCAAAUGGAAGCCAACACUGAGAGAGUUGUUGGCACAUAUGGAUACAUGGCACCAGAAUAUGCGCUAGAAGGGUUGUUUUCAAACAAGUCUGAUGUUUACAGCUUUGGAAUCCUAAUGCUAGAAAUAUUAAGUGGUAAAAAGAACAGGGGAUUCUACGACCAGGACGGCGGCCAAAUCCUUCUAACAUAUGCAUGGAAGCUAUGGAAUGAAGGCAAAGGACUGGAGUUGAUAGAUCCUAACAUUGCUGAUGAUUGUCCUAUUCACGAGGUUCUAAGAUGGAUACACAUUGCAUUGCUGUGUGUUCAGGAUGACCCUGCAUUGAGGCCUACAAUGUCAUCAGUUGUUCUCAUGCUUGGGAGCAGAUCAGUCAAUCUCCCCCAGCCAUCGACACCUCCAUAUUCUGCAGCAAGAUUUGUCACAAUGUUGGAUCAAUCUUCAACUACUGGGACCGGGACAGGGUUUCUUUCAUCUGAUCAGUCUUCAACCACUGCAUCUUCCUAGCUCAGAGAUUUAAGUAUUUAAAGAGUAUUUAAGAGAUGGACUUCACUGUUGACAAUUCUGA